AUGGCACCUGUCCCGCUCCGCGCAGCUUGCUCCAACCCUCACCCGCGCUUCGCCCGUGCUGCGCCGCUGCAAUCCAGUAGAGAGCCUUCAGCCAGCGGAGCGCUGGGCCCGACCCUGGGCCUCUGGAAGUCCAGCUCCCUGGAGAGCCUCCAGACGGCCGUGUCGGAGGCCAAGCAGAGCCACGGCCAAGCCCAGGUUCCCUUUCAUCGGCCUCGGCCGCACAUGGUGCGGGGGCGGAACUGCAACCAGAGCUUCCGCAUCGCCAUCGACAAGUCCUACGAUGGACCCUCCGAGGAUGAUGACGACCUGUCCGAGCAGAGCUCCGGUCACGAAACGCCCGCCAGCAGCUCCUCUCGCCAGGGCCUGGACGCUGAGGACGACACAAAGAAGCAAACCAAAGGGAAGAAGAAAGAGAAGAAGAGCAAGGGGAGGAAGAAAGCAGAAAAUACUGCGGAGGAUCCGGAUAAGAAGACCAAAAAGAAAGGAUUUGGCCUUUUAAGGUAG